GAUCUUCAUCUGUUCAUUUAAAGUUAGAACCGCGCUGGCUCUCCUAUCUAGGCGAGCGUUGACAGCGCUCCCGCCCGUAUCCUUAUAUGGCGGCUGGAACUAUUUUAGCAACAGUGCUCCAUGGAUGUAGCUUGCUUGAAAUCAUGACGACAACAUCUCGCCUUUUCUUCAUUAAAUCUCUUUCUUCUUGCAACCUGAAAUCUCUACCUGCGAGCUUAUCUCUUAGUAAAGUUCGACAAGUGUGUCUCACGGAAUUCUUUUCUCCCAUCCCGUUUUAUUGCUUGAUUGAUGGCAGCGUCUAAACCCUAUUGAUUGUGAAAUGAUGACUUCAUAGUUAUCGUUUUCUUUCAUCUAAGAGUUUCGUUCUUUUCAAAGAAUUUUAUUGUCUGACUUUUGUUUAGAAGUUUUAUUUUUGAAGCAAACGAUUUAAUUUUUUUUUUAAUUUUUUUUAAAGAAAACGAUAUUAUUUUUAAAAUUUUAUCGUAGAUAAAAUACACAAUUUUACUAUGCAAUUUGUUUAAAUAAUUAAAUUAAUUUAAAACGGUUCCCAUAAUUUGUAGACCUCUCGUUCUUUUAAAAACAUCGUUGGCUGCCAAGACAAAAGAUCGUUGGCUGCCAAGACUAUUAGAUCCGAUUAUAUGUUUUGUAUGAUGAAUUUUGAUAUAAACAAGAUAUUUCUGGAUAAAAAAAUUGGAUUUGACUUCAAGGAAUACAUCAUAAAGUCAUGUGAGUAAAAACUUUAAUUUUUUUUUAAAAGAAUAUUAUUGUUAAAUAUACUAUCACACUUCAUAAGAAGAUAUCAUAAUUUCAAAUUUUACUCUAUUGAUAAUUGAAAUUUUUAAAAAUUAUAUUAAAUAUUAAAUUUCAAUUAUUAUUUUAUGGACCCGAUAAGAUUUUGUAAAAGCUUAUUAUGAAUAUCCAUCUUAUGGUUUGAAAACUAUUUCAAAUAAUUCAGUUAUUGCAACUUAGUACAAAAUCAAACCAUUUACUUUAAUAGUUGUGAUAAUUGCGAUUACUCUAAUGUAAUUUUUUUCACAAAUAAAUAUUUUUAAUUAUUUAAAUUUACCAAGUUAGAGUAUUGUUAAAAUUAACUAAAACAAAAACAUCUCGAUCAUAUAGCAAAUAGAAAAACUUAUUUACUUUUGAUUUUAAUAAAGUGAUUAAAAUUGUUGUUUAAGUUAACUUUAAAUAUAAUCAUAAACAUACUUACGCUUGGUUUAACGUUAGCAUGCUCACUAAUUAUGUGAGCUGCCAUUACGUAGUGACGUCAGUUACAUUUUAUCAUAGUGCAGUCGUUGAUUUAACUCGUAGUCAGACAGUACACGCUGUAGAACACGAUCCAUGCUGCCCUGAUCCUACUAAGCUUUCUGCUGAAGAAUGUAAAGCUGUUCAUUAUGGAUUGUGCUCACCUCUUUUAAAACUCCCCUCUUUUUCAAUACCACCAGCUUCAACCUCAUCUCCGCCAUCCCCUGUGACUCCUAAAGGUAGUCUUUCAUCCCCUUUGUCCUCAACUCCCAGCUCACCAGGAACACCAAAAGGAAACAUUUCAACUGUAGGUGAGAUUUUCAAUAUAUCUACACCACAAAAUAAAACCCCUUCACCUUUGUUUACUCAAAAGACACCCAUUUCAAAUCCACAAAGUCCAUCAGUAGGUGAUAUAUCCAAAAUGACUUCACCAACAGUCGUAACAUCAAACUCGGCUAAUGCCAACAAAGUUGACAUAGAAGUUUUGGAUCCUGUCAGCUUGCUAGCUGUUGAUCUGGAAGGUCAGCUAGAAGCUCUGGUUAGCUCGUUCGUUGCUCAAGAUAAAGUUCGUUUGGCUGCUCGUAAAAAAGCAGAGUCCGCAGCAGGAAACUCAAAAACUUCUGCUGGCAAAACUGUUUCUUCAAUCAAAAAGUAUGAUAAGAAAGUGAAAGUAAAAGAUGACCGAUCAUCUGAUGAUGAUUCGCUUUCCAGUGAUGCUUCAUUAUCUGGAAAGUCAAAUGGCUCCAGUAAAAAGGCUGUAACUCAAAACCAAGUUAAGCCUUUGUUGCCUGACACUACAGACAUUGCAGGAGACACAUCGCUAGAAGGUGCUCUUGACCAGAUGAGUAAGCAUUUAAAUACCUUUGCCGCUUUAUAUGAAGAGAGUUUGCGCGAAAGAGCAACUUCUCCGCCUUUGAAGUCAUCAGUUUUCCCAGCCUUAAAACCUUCUCCGGAAUAUCAACAAACUGGUGUUAAAGCGCAGAUUACAAAAUUCACUUCCAAAGAAAAAGAUGUUUUACAAAAUUCUCCUUCGAAUUCUCUUGAAAGACGGCAAGUGCAAAAGCCUAGACCUAUUGUUCAGGAUGCAUACCUGCCAUCUUUGGAUCCACCAAGAAGUGGUCCACUUACUUUAGAUGCAUUGCAAGAACUCUUAUUGAAUUCAUCAGCACCCGAGCCAAUACCUCAACAUAUUCAAACUACUGUUUUUCAAAACUCUAGUCUUUCUUCCGUGCCUUAUAGCGAACCGGCUUCCUCAAAAAAUAGUUUACCAGCAGCAGCUAGCCAUUUUAACGAAAAUUUAGUCCCUUUUAUUGGAAGCGAGACCGGAAGAAUAGUUGACCAAAGUAAGCCUUUGAAAUUAAAUGCUAAUGAUAUUUAUAACCCUCAAAUUGUUCCAAAACCUGGACAAGAGCAUGUUCAGUCAGCUGUAGACUAUGCCAUAAAUCGAAUGCAAAAUGUCCACCAAGUAAAUUCUAAUAACGAAAAUAAGGCAAAGCCUGUCAAAAAUGGCCAUCUAGUCAGCGAAGCUAAAACAAUGUGGGAGAAUAUCUCCAACCAAAAAUGGAAUGAACACUUUGUCACAACAGAUAUUGACAAUAAUAUGGCUGACCCUUUGCGGGACUCAUAUCAGAGAGGUGGCCAUAAAAGAACUCUCUCCAUGGAGGGACUUUUGGAUGUUCCUAGUCCAUCAAUACCUCAUCCUAAAUUGACCACUGCUCAGAAGCAACACAUCAAAGAGAGAUCUCUGUCACCAACAGACCGCCAUUCACAUACACCUAUUCGUCCAUUUUUAACCAAAGGUUCAGUUGCAGAAAGAGUGUUACUAUUUGAAUGUGCUCCUGACAGAGCUCUGGAAAGAACAUCCAGUGGGAAUAAAACGAAGUCUAAUUUGAUUAGCACAUGGAGACCUGGGACUAGUGAUGUACAGACAAAAACUCAGGUAAAUAUUUUUAAUUAUUAAUCCAGUACUAAUACUGUAUUUUUAUUAUGAUGCUUGAAUAUUUAUCUGAUGAAAACGUAUAAUACAAGUUAGCUACGUAGUUCGUUUUUAUACUCUCUAACUGCUUGUUGGGACUUGAGAUUAUCUCAUGACACGGUUGUUUGUUUUUAUUAUUUAUUUAAAUGCACAUGAAAUUGAUUCAGUCAUUGCAUUUCAAGAAUAUUCUUCCCUCUA